UCAGAACCCCAACGUUAAAAUCGCCUUCUCUCUCUCCUCCUCUGACUGCCUAUAUAAACUUUACGUUCCCGGCGAUUUCACGUAAACUCAUCUAAACACAAUACACAAACCAAAAGAAUAAAGGGCAAAGCUUGAAAAAUAUUACCAGAAUAUGAAACCCAUUUUCUCUCUCCCUCUCUGAUGUUAUUAAAUUGUUGUUAAUCAAUUGAGCAAAUUAGUGAAAGAAAGGUUAAAGAACGGAGCUUUGAGUCGUAGCUAUUUGAAUUGUCUUGAGACUAUUAAUGGCGAUGGGACCAGAAAGAUCAAAGCCUUUACACAAUUUCACCUUACCAUGUGGGCUUAAGUGGGGGAACCAGAAGUUCUUGAGGUGCGCUAAGGUAGAUUCCGACGGAGAAAUCUCUACCGUUCAUCGCAGGUCAUAUGAGAAAGAAUCGAUCGGACGGCGGAGGGAACCGGAGGCGGUGGAACGGCACCGGUUAAAUGAUCGGUUCACUCGGAAAUUCAGGUCGGUAAAUGCCGGCGAUAGUGGAGAGGGAAUCGGAGCUAUGAGAGAGAAGCUGAUGUUUGAUCUUCAAACAGAAGCUGAUAAGAUGAAAGACGCGAUUUUCAAAGAAGGUUUGGAUGAGCAACCGGAGAAGGAAGUGUCGCCGGCGCUGGCAAAAACUCUGACGGCGGGUGCAGCUGAUGUCGUCGACUUAUCCAGGCCGUGGAACUUAAGGACUCGCCGAGCGGCUUCCAAGGAGCCUAACGGACUCAUAGCCGGCGCCGUCGCCGGUGCUGGUGGAUCGAAAGGAGGGUUGAAGAUUGAGGUUAACAGAACUAAUGCUUCGUCUCCGUUAAGGACGGAGAACAAAUCUCCGAUACUUCGAAGUGGUUUUGCAGGUGGAGCGGCGGCCGGAGCUUCUACCAGCGGCGAGAAGAGAGAGAGGGUGAAGUUCUCGGUUCCCCUUUCGCGAAAGGAGAUUGAGGAAGAUUUCAUGGAUAUGGUGGGACAUAGACCCCCUCGUAGACCCAAGAAACGAGCUAAAUUUGUUCAAAAGAAUUUGGACACGUUAUUUCCAGGGUUGUGGUUGACAGAAAUUACAGCUGAUUUAUACAAAGUGCCUGAUGAUCAGUAGAUUAAAAAGGUAAAGAUUCAUCAUUUUGUUCUUUGAAGACUAGUCAGGAUUCAGAUUUGUAUAUCAAGAUUCAAGAAUGAUUUCUACAGAUGGAAGUGUGUUUUUUCGUCAAAAGAUGGUAACUUUGUGAUAGAUCAACUAGCUAGUCUAGAGUAUAGAACACAACCUGAAUUUGGGAAUUCGAUGAAAUCAUCGAAUUUCCUCUGACAACAAAAUUAGUGUUUAAAAAAGCAGAUGCUCUGGCGAAUGUUUGGGAUUUUAAGGAUUCAACUUUAUUUUUUUUCUGUUUGGUGAAAUUUUGGAUAAAUUUAUAAGUUUAGAUUGUUUAGAAGUAGAAGCCAAAAUAAGGUAUUUAAUGGUUUCCUUAAUUUGGGGAUUUGAAUGAGAAGACGAAAAAGCAAAAGUGGAAGAGAAUGGUCUGCUGAAAAUUGUUGAAUCGAUUUCUUUCACAGCUAAGUCGCAAUCAAAUUCCUAUAGAAGAUAGCAGUGAGAGUGAGGAGGAGAAAGCAAAGGGAAAACACACAUAGAGACAGAGAUAGAGGGAGAGUGCUUACAUCGCCGGCGAUUGUGCGGAGAGUUGUGGAUGGUGGUGGAUUGGUGGAGGGAGAGAGAAGAAGAUGGCGGACCUGGACGAUGGUGUGUGAAAGAAAGAAAAAAUUAAAAAAAUUCAAUCACUCAUGCUCUGAAAUAUAGUGUAAUACACACAUCAUACCACAUCAUCAAAUUGUGCUUAUAUGGCGAGAUAUAGUUAGAGUGUUCAAAUAGAAUAAACUUAACAUAGAGUAUGAAAAGUGUGAACAAUUUUAAAUGGUUGUCGAUAUAAUUUGCGGGGCAUUUUUGGUCCUUUCUCCUUAUUUAUAAGGAAUUUUUACAUUCUUAUGUCAUAUAGGAAACUAUAUUACUUUCAAUGUUUAAAGUUUGAUAUAAUUACAUUUAGUAUACCUAAUUACCAAUUAUAUACCAUUAGUGGUUUUUAAGGGUAUUAAUUACACUCCUAAUUUAAUGGUACCGUAUAUUCCUUCUAAUACCACCCCCUCCCCCACGUUUCUCUCUCCAAUUCUCACACCUUCACGCACGUUUCCCUCCCACACCCACGGUUUAUGUAUCAAAAUCUCAUUAUUUCUUCCAUAGACAGGGCUUUGAAUUCGAAAUUGGGUUUUCAAAAGACAUUGUUUGUUUGGAUUGGAUGUUGUUGCAAAGAAUUGAGAAUUCUCUCUACGUCUCUCUC